CACUGCUUGUCUCAUCGCAAACCGACAUACGAGUGUUACCUAUGUACCAGAACAUUCAAGACCUACGGCGGCAUGAUCAUUCACCUCGAACGCGGCACCUGUAGUAACAUCAAUUACAUCCAUCUCAACAAGCUUGCAGCCGAGUGCUACAAGUGGCCCUACUUCAUUUUUGAAGAUUACCGGGACGAGCUGCUCGACGACGGCGAUACGGAAUACGAUUGUAAGCCAUUCAGUUGUCCGACUUGUGAUACUGCACUGUCAAAGCUUUCCAGUUUGUUCCAGCAUGCCGAAUCAAAUGCUUGUGCACAGACGUUGGAUGAUACAGUCUUGGGACAACUGAGGAGGUUUCUGGCUAGUCGGCUGAGUUGAGUGGACAGGGUAACGAAAUAAUGGCAAUAAAAGUUCGUUUCACUCUACUCUUCUAGCGAGAGACUCUGAUCCCAGCGUGAUGAGGAAUUCGCUGGAGAUAUAUGCCGGUGCAUAUUCAGCAUCAUGACUGAUAGAGGAAGAUUGUAUAAAAGGCUUUCAAUUGAGAGGCAUGAGCUAGCUAACCGCCAGUAUCCAUAUACCAUCUGCAUCGCCACAAAUCUCCAAACCUCCAACUUCCGCUCGGCUAUGUCCUUGCUCGAAGAAGGGAAUAACAAGACCUCAACAGAGAGAAUGUACAAAAGAACGCAAGGCAAAGAAGGAAAGUAAACCCACAUGAGACUGUGUAUGUUGUCCACCCGGAGUAUUCAGGGCCUGUACGAAAAUUGUUAGAAAGAUGUUUGAACCAG